AUGACUCACAUGGCGCUGGAGGUGAAGGAGAGCCUGGAGGACCGCUGCAACCGCAUCCUGAGGAAUAUGGAGUCAUCCCUUACAGCCCGGGAUCGUGUUGGCAUCCAGGAUUUGGUUCUGUUGGACGCCUAUACCAGUGAGACUGCUUUACUGGACAACCUGAGGAAGCGCUUCCAUGAGAACCUCAUUUACACUUAUAUUGGCACUCUGCUGGUCUCGCUCAACCCGUAUAAGGAGUUGGACAUGUACAGUAAGAAGCAAAUGGACAACUACAUGGGCGUCAACUUCUUUGAGCUUCCGCCUCACAUAUAUGCUUUAGCAGACAAUGUCUUCCGCGCCAUGAUGUCGGAGUACAACAACCACUUCAUUCUGAUUUCUGGAGAGAGCGGCGCCGGCAAGACGGAGGCCUCCAAGAAAAUUCUUCAUUACUACGCCGUCAGCUGCCCCAGUACCAAAAUCCUAAACGACGUCAGAGACAGGCUACUGGUGUCUAACCCCGUUCUUGAAGCUUUCGGAAAUGCCAAAACCCUGAAGAACGACAAUUCCAGUCGCUUUGGGAAGUACAUGGACAUCCAGUUUGAUCACCAGGGUGGGGCGGUGGGCGGCCACAUCCUCAGCUACCUGCUCGAGAAAUCACGGGUGGUCCAUCAGAAUCACGGCGAACGGAACUUCCACAUUUUCUACCAGCUGGUGGAAGGCGGGGAGGAAGAUCUGCUACGCUGGCUCGGCCUGGAGAGGAACUGCCAACAUUAUAAGUACCUGUUUCAGGGCGACUGUGCCAAAGUAAGCUCCAUCAACGACAAAAACGACUGGAAGACUGUGUGCAAAGCUCUCUCUGUCAUUGAUUUCAGCGAAAGUGAAACCGAGCACCUAUUUGGGAUCAUUGCUAGCGUUCUCCACUUGGGCAACAUUAAGUUUGAAGCGGAUGCUCGAGGAUAUGCUAGUCUCAACCAUAGCCAGGAAAUACACUGGCUUUCUAAGUUACUUGGGAUUUCCGGUCAGGUUCUGCAACAUGGCUUAACCCACCGCAAGAUUGAAGCCAAAACAGAGGAAGUGUUCAGUCCCUUCUCAGUGGAACACGCCAUGUAUGCCAGGGAUGCCCUUGCCAAAGCCGUCUAUGGACGGACCUUCAACUGGCUGGUCAACAAGAUCAAUGAGUCAUUAGCAAACAAGGAUUCCUCCAGGAAGACCGUCAUUGGGCUAUUGGACAUUUAUGGAUUUGAGGUUUUCAACGUGAACAGCUUUGAACAGUUCUGCAUCAACUACUGCAACGAGAAGCUGCAGCAGCUUUUCAUCCAGCUGACGCUCAAGUCGGAGCAGGAGGAGUACGAGACGGAAGGCAUCGAGUGGGAGCCAGUGCCAUAUUUCAAUAAUAAGAUCAUCUGUGACCUGGUGGAAGAGAAGCACAGAGGCAUCAUCUCAUUAUUGGACGAGGAAUGUUUACGUCCCGGGGAGGCCUCCGACUUCACUCUCCUGGAAAAAAUGGAAGAAAAGAUUGGCGGCCACCCUCAUUUUCUCACCCACAAACUUGCGGACCAGAAAACGCGGAAAACUCUGAAGAGAGGAGACUUCCGCCUCUUGCACUACGCUGGAGAUGUGACUUACUGUGUAGUAGGAUUUCUGGAUAAAAACAACGAUCUCCUCUAUAAAAAUGGAAAAGAGGUGAUGCAACAGUCCAACAAUGGCAUCAUCAAAUACUGUUUUCCUCCGAGUGAGCCGGACCGGAAGAAGAGACCUGAAACUGUGGUGACUCAGUUUAAGAGCAGCCUGGCAGGCCUGACCGAGAUCCUCAGCACCAAAGAGGCCUGGUAUGUGCGAUGCAUCAAACCCAAUGACGCCAAACAGCCAGGACGCUUUGAUGAUGUACUGGUGAGACAUCAGGUGAAGUACUUGGGCUUGAUGGAGCACCUGAGGGUACGGCGUGCUGGCUUCGCAUACCGCCGGAAAUACCAGGCCUUCCUCCAGAGGUACAAGCCUCUUUGUCCCGAUACAUGGCCUAACUGGAAAGGCUCUGCGGCAGAAGGUGUGCAGAUCCUUAUAAAGCACUUGGGAUACAAACCUGACGAGUACAAGAUGGGCCGGAGCAAAAUCUUUAUCCGCCACCCAAGAACUUUAUUUGCCACAGAAGAUGCCUUUCAAGUGUGUAAGCAUAAACUUGCAACAAGGAUUCAAGCCAAGUACAAAGGCUACAGAGUCAAAGGCGACUACCAGAAGCAGAAAGAAGCUGCAACCAAGAUUGAGAACUGCUGGAGAGGUCUGAAGGCCCGAAAGGAGCGGGAAAAGCGGGAGUGGGCUGUCAGAAUCAUCAAGAGGUUUAUAAAAGGCUUCAUGACCAGAAAUGAGCCCAACGGUGCAGACAACAGGGAGUACUUGGCCUAUGUGAGGCAGACCUACUUGACCCGCUUGAAGGAGAACCUUCCAGAAACUGUUCUUCAGAAGGACUCUUGGCUUACACCUCCACCUAUCAUGAAAGAGGCAUCCCUGUUCCUAAAACAACUUUUCAUCCGGCACAUGGUCCGCAAAUAUGUGCAAGGUAUUACUGAGGAGAGGAAAGCGCAACUUUUAUUGAAAGCCCAGACAAGCUCCAUGUUCAAGGGAAAGAAGGAGAACUAUGCGUUCAGUGUGUGCUUACCCUUUGUGGACACCAGGAUAGGUAUAAAAGACAUGAAUAUGAAAGUGCUGCAGAUGAUUCAACAUGAGAACAUUAAGUACAGCGUUCCGGUGGUGAAGUACGACCGCAAUGGCUUUCGGCCCCGUCCUCGGCAACUGGUCUUCACUCGGGAAGCCGCCUACCUGGUGGAGGAAGCCAAGAUCAAGCAGAGGAUCCAUUAUGGCUCACUCAAAGGAGUUUCUGUGAGCAACCUGAGUGACAACUUCCUGAUUCUCCAUGUUACAUGUGAUGACAUCAAACAGAAGGGCGAUCUUGUUCUGCAGUGUGACUUCCUGUUUGAGGCCCUGACCAAGCUCACCACAAUUAUUGACAAAAGUGAAGUUAUCCGGGUGGUCCAGGGCAGUGUGCGAUUCGACAUUCAGCCGGGCAGAGAAGGCGUGGUCGACUUCAGGAGUGGGCAGGAGUCUGUGGUCUACAGGGCCAAAAAUGGACAUUUGACGGUGGAAUCCACAAGCACCAAAUCCAGAUGA